CCAGUGGUCUAAUGUUUCGUAUGUAGCAGUAAUGAGGUUUCAUAACAGCAGUACCGUGACUAGUCUAAGAAAAAGAAAAAACUUUCACCACUACAUCAGUGGGUACCCCACAGGUUUUCAUCAGCUCUCGUUCUCAUUCCAUAUCAGAUGCAACGACGAGAAGACACUCUCGCUGAUAUACAUUGAUCAGCUCGAAAUCACUCCCAGCGACCUCGAAGCUUGGCAAUCACGAGAUUCUCCAGCGUUGCCGGUUUACACUGCAGCGCUCCUACUCCAUCAAGCACUGCAUGCAUUUGUAUUAGACCAAGUUCGACAUGAUAUGCGUCGGCGGAUCAGAGAAGGUGAACGACUACUCUAUUGUGACGUUGGUUUCCAUUCCAGCGCUCUAACGCGGUUGAGAAAUUCUAACGCUCAACUCGGUUGAUGAGAUAAGUGGUAUCAUGAGCUAACAAUGUUGAAACAAAUCGUUCAAACCCAACCUCGUCCCCAUCAUCCGUCGAGAGACAUUCAACAUGCACUUCACCAAAGCUUUGCUCGCCCUGGCGCUCGUUGCAGCACCCGUCUUUGCCACUCCUACUGCUAUCGUCAAAGACAGCAUUGAAUCCAGAGCUCUUGAGGCCCGUGAUAGCUAUGUCACUUGCAGCCCCAAGAAGAACUCCUCUCCCACGAAGUCUUUCAAAGUUGACGUUAACAACGCACAGAGUCAGGCCAAAAGCGCUGGCUUCGUAGCCGGUAAAAGUGGAGACCCUCACGGCUACAACAGCGGCGAUGGCAUCAAGUGGGGCUCCAACAACUGCGACAACGGCAAGAACCCUCUGUUUGAAUACCCGGUCUUCUGGGUGGGUGCCAAACAGAAGGAAUGGCAGAAGGACACCAAGACUAGUGGCCAGGAGAAGACUCCGAUUCGUGUCGUGUACGCCAACGUGAAUGGCGGUAUCUACUACUGCGGUGUCAUGACCCAUAGCGAGGUAGACAAAAACUACCAGGGCAAGGACUUCUUCGAGAAGUGUAGUUAAGUGCAGACCCACGGCCUGUGGCAAGGAAUGAGCUGGGUGGUAGUGGGUGUCGGUUUUUGGCAAUUUUUGGCGACAAAAUCCUUCAAGCAGACGAGAACACACAGUACUUCAUUGGUUUGUAGUAGUUUAGAUGUUUUCUGUGACAAAAGUGGACUCCUACAUCAUUCGGCUUCUGCGUCACAUCGGGUAGAAUUGGUACUUAAAGACUCGUUAUUUCUUUUCAACGUUCCCUAUAUAUUUCUCAGUCUCCCAGACGAUAGCUCAGGGGCCUAUUAGUAUCCCGAGAGUAUGGCUUAGGAAUCGACUUUGUAAAAACGCAAUCGCGCAUUCACUGAGAUUCUGCGUAAUUCUGAUUAUAUUGUGUCGUUUCUGGCUAGGUCUGGAUGCAUAUGCCAGGACCCUGCGGCUCUUAGGAUUGUACAAUAAAGGCUGGUAUUGAUUCCACAGUGA